AUGAGGAGGGAGCACGGUGCGGUAACCUUCCGUCUGGCGCAGGUGCUGACGGGGCAUGGUUGCUUCGGCAGCUAUCUGUGCCGGAUUGGGAGGGAGCCGUCCGCGCAAUGCCAUCACUGUGCCGAUUGUCCUGCGGACACGGCAGAGCACACGCUGGCGGAGUGCCCUGCCUGGGCGCUGCAAAGGCAGGAUCUCGUGGCGGUAGUGGGCCCAGAUCUUUCCCUGCCGGCUGUAGUACAGAGGAUGACGGAGUCGGACAGAGCCUGGAGGGCCGUCCAAACCUUUUGCGAGGUAGUCAUUUCGCAGAAAGAGGAAGCGGAGAGGCUGAGGGAGGCGUCCAGCCAGGACCCCAUCCGAAGCCGCCGCAGAGGGGGGAGAAGAAGGGCUUUCGCCCGACUUAUCCCUCCUUAA